CACAGUUUUAUUAUCUUUAUUAUAUAGAUAAGCUUUUUUGUUACAACACAGAUUAAUGCAUUUGUUUAAAAAAAAGUUAACUGCUUUUGAGUUAAAUAUAAUAUGAGAGUCCUAUUGGAUUGGACCCAAAAGUCAGCCUCUGGUAUCCAGCACUGGCUAACCAGAUGCUUCCCACAAGCAGGUGUGAAGGCAACAGCCCUUCUCUGUUUAUCACCAGCAUUAAGCACCUGCUUAAGACUCAUCUGUUCAUCCAGGCAUUUGCUGCUUAUUAAUUCAUAGCUUGUCUAUAAUAUUGCAAUUUCCAGAGGGGUAGCAGCAUUGGCCUCCUGUAGCAAAAACAACAAAAUUUGUGGCGCCUGAAAACCAACACAUUCAUUAUGGCUCUAGCUUUCUUUGUCAGACGCAUGUAGUGAAAUCUUAGUUGGCAGGUGUGUAAAGAACCAAAUUGUAAGGUGGAAGUUGAAUGACAAUGAGAUGCCUUGGAAGGCAGGCUUGUGCUUGCUCACAGACAGCCCCCAACCUAAAACAGGUACUCGCCAUCAACAAAAAGCCACAUAGCAGAGAUAAGGACACAAGGACCAGACCUACAGCCCAACUCUACUCCCAUGUCCACUGUACAAAUGGACCUUUCCCUCCGUGUGCACUUAGUACUAAGUUGGAUUUCACCAAAAGGAUUUUUAUUACACUGCAAGUGUUAAUUGACUUACCUCUGCCAGGGAUACCUGACAUCUAUGAUUGUUUCUUUUGAAUGGUUCCCUGCCCCAUUAUAGUUGUAAUUCAAUUACCUCAGCAAAGCUGGGUAAAUUAUUAUCAGUCUACGAUUAGAAAAGUAUGCCUACAUGUUUAAGCUCUUAUUAUCAUGGUCCGUAAUCUUUGUAUCUCAUUGCCAUUCACCUCCCACCUUACAGUUUUCAUCCUCUAUACCUGCCAACUACGAUUUUGCUUUAUGCAUCUGAAAUGGGCUUGAGUCCACAAAAGUAUAUAUCACAAUAAAUCUUGUAGUGUUUGAGGUACCACAAGGCUUUGUUGUGUUUAUUGGCUACAGUGGUUACAUUUUUUUGUAUUGUAAUAUUUUAGUAUGUGGAUUGUGUUGUGUGUAUAUGUUGUAUGUUUACAUAAUGUCAACUGCUGUGAGAUAAUACAGAAAAAGAACAUUGUAGAAAUGUUUAAAUUAAAACCACUCACCACUUGAAUACAGUAGCUACCGGUAUCUAACCUAGUGGUUGUUACCACUUCUUAGUAAAACAAAGUUUGUAAGUUUGUUGCAUUUACAAACCAAGAAGUACAAGCCAUUAUUUGGAAGAUCAGGAAUGAGAUAAUAAUAAUAAUAAUAAUAAUAAUAAUAAUAAUAAUAAUAAUAAUAAUUUCUUAUUUAUAAACCACCCAUCUGGCUGGGUUUCCCAUCUAUGCAUGACUUCCUCUUCCUUUUGCACAAUGAACUUAAUAGAUGCUGACUGGUUUGUCAAACCAUAUUUUGCCAUGACAGCAAAACUAGCAAAGUUGUUUGACCUAUCUGAACCAGGAUCAGACAGCUCAUGAACAGAUUCUUCCAUUCCUAUCCAUUAUUUGGAGGCUAAGAAAAUGUGAUACUGGAAUGUAUUUAUUUAAUAAGUUAAUGUAAGUUAGUGUUUUUAGUGAGCUAUCCACCGCAGUCCUAAUAUUUUAUGUGGAUAGUCAGUUCUGGCACAAUUUUGUCUGCAAUUUAUACUGAGCACAGGUAUCUUACUGCUUAGAAUAUUCUCCUAAGAUAACUGCGCACAUCAAAAGUGGCUGUUUUGCUCAGCUCAAUGUAUAGUUAUGCAGUGUAAGUCCCAUUAAAUCAAUUGUCCUUCCUCUCAAAUUAGAAUGAAUAGGUUUUAAGCCAGGCAGUGCAGUUGUACACACUUCUACUCAAAAGUACCAUAUUGGCCUGAAUAUAAGCUGCACCCAAAUAUAAGCCACAUAUUUAAAAUUCAAGGGAAGAAAGGGGAGGGGGACAAUACGCAAAUAUAAGCUGCUCCCUUAAAUUCCGCAGGCACUCACACCCGUAAAUGGAAAUGUAGAAGACAAUCCUAUGAGUCCCAUUCCCCCGGGCUGUUUUCUGGGGGGGGGGAGCCAGUGGCCUUCCCCCCUUCCUCUUCUUUCCGGUGGUUCAGGGGAGAUUUGGGAGCCGCGAUCAGGAUGGGAACCAUUGUCCCACCCUCCCAACAGCCCUUGUGGUGGCAUGCUGGGCUGGGCGGGACGGGCGCUCUCCAUUCUGGCCUUGGAAGGCAAGGCAGGGCAGCUUAGGGCAGCUGUUUCAGCAGAGAUAUCGUAAGGUCGUGAAUAUAAGCCACACUUUAACUUUUCACAGUCACCACACUUUAACUUUUCACAGUCAAAAUUUGGAGAAGAAAAAGUGCAGCUUAUAUUCAGGCCAAUACGGUGAGUCCCAUUGAAUUCAAUGACACUUGCUUCCACGUAAGUGUGUACAAAUGUAGCUUUAGUUACAUUGGGUUGUGUCCGACACUGCUAUUCCACCCACGCAACAUACUUCCACAUGUGUAGUGGAAAUGACCCUUCCCUCCUCUCUUGUGAAACCUCUCCAAAUCUGUUCCAGAGAGUCAUGGGACCCUCUGGAGCAGAUUUUGUGGGCAUGCAGGGAGAAAAAGGACAUCCUGUUAAAUAAGGGAGACACUGCUCCUGCAGCAUUACCUUCGUUACAUCUUCCUUACAAACAGCUGCAUUCAUAUCACUGUGCAUAUAUGUCGGAGAACACUUUAACUACAAGCCUCAGAUACACAGAUGAGAUUGGACUGAAGAAUGUUAGUCUCUAGUGCCCCCUCCACUCCAUUACAUAAUGGGUGUAAAAGUUGCUUUAAAGCUUGGUAGUCCAAAUACUUUCAAUUGGCCUCUGCAAAAGCUGGUGUAAGAAUAAUAAUAAGAUGUUAUUUAAAAAUUCCAUCAUGUUUGCAAUGUACAGUUUUGCUAAUGCAUAAUGCCAGCCUUGAAGGAAAGAUUGUACAAUGAAUUUAACUGCCGAGGGCUAUUUGCACCUGCGGUGUUAGAUAUCCUUCUAACAGCAGAAUACUAAUGCAUUUUCAUCUGAGAGCACUUGUUAAGCUUGAAAGAUCAUGGCUAAUUCCAUUGCUCUCUCCCAAAUCCUAGUUCAAGAGUUUUGAAUAAUUAGGAUUCGGUGUUACUUGUAAUGUUAGAAUGCAGUGAUCAGAAACAUGAUUUUUAUAUAUUAAGCUUAUAAGCUACAUCCCCCCCCCAUUUUUGCUUGUGUUUCCUUUGAGAAAUCAAAAGUUAAAGAAGAUAUCAUGCCCUGAUAGGUUUUGGUAGCAUCUGUUGGUUUGGUACAGACCUUCACAGAAACAAAAGAUAUUUGUGUGUGUGUGUGUGUUGUGCUUGGAUUGCACAUCAGUUUUGUAGCAUAUGGAAUGCAUGCUACACCUUUCCUAUUUUUGUCAGUGCACAAAUGCCACUUGGUUAUAGUAACAUUGACUAUUUAAAGAAAAUUCAAAUUAAUGUUAAAAUAGCAGCAGGCUAGGCAGUCUUUUGAAUGGGAUUUACCCAGAAACUGUAAAAACAACAGCCAACCAACGCUUUCUGAUGAAUUCUGUUUCUGAAACUGUAGUGUUACAUUUUGUGCAGCAGAUUUCAAGAAACCCUGCUUCUAAAACGUCUUGAUGUGAGUUUGAAAAGAACCUUAUUCAGCUCUUGUUGUUUUAGGGAAAACCUCCAACAAAGAAGGCUAAAGUGCUACAAAAACAACCUUUAGUUGCUAAAUUAGCUGCAUAUGCCCAAUACCAAGCAACGGUACAGAACCAAUCAAAGACGAAAACAGCAUCUGUUCCAGUGGAAGGCUUCAGUUGGGGCAACUACAUCAAUAGCAAUAGUUUCACUGCCGCUCCUGUUAAUUGUUUUAAGCAUGUAAGUAUGUUGUCUUUGAUUUUAUUAUUUUUAAUAAAUAGCUAUGAAAUAAUUGCAACAGAGAAUUUAUCAACACCCUGGUGAGAGUGGACCUUCCCUCCCUCCUACAACUCCCUCUUCACUCCCCCAAAUCUGCUUCUGAGAGCCCACCAUUAAAGCAAAUUUUGGGGUUAUGUGAGGGGCUGCAGUUGGUGGGGAGUGAGAAAGUGUUGCUGGCAGACCAGCACAACUGGAUUUUAUCCUAUGGCUUUCCCUCCAAUCCUUAGGCACAUAUGAAAUUUUACUGAUCUAACAACUACAAUCUUGGGAGCUUCCGUUUCAAAGAUGCAUGAUGUUAUUCAGUUUAAAUGCUAGCUGUCAAAGCUGUGUGCAAAGUUUAAAAGCAAAUUUCGGAUGUGGUUCUUGCCUGUGUGCAUAGAGUCAAUUUGCAUACUAAUAAACUGUCUUGAAAUCCUGUGGACCUUGAGAAGCAGCCCAAUUAAUUGAAACCCAGUCUAUUGGUUUGUCAGGCUUGGGUAGGGACCUCAGCCCAGCCCAAUCAAACAAAGUCCUUUGAAAUUGCCUGCAGAUCUUCUGUGAACAAAACAGAACUCUGCACUGUCUCUCCUUAGAAGCAGAUGGAAUUCAAAACAAGCUUGUUUUUCAGGUUAGUUUCACAAGAAGGAACAUGUUGUAAUAUGCCACUCUGUCAGUAGUAAGGUGCAUUGUAUACAAAGCUACAUAAUAACAAUAAGGUUGCUCCUUUUCUGUGACAGAGAUCAAGAUCAAUAAAUUACUUUAUUAGCAAAUUGGCAGACUCAUCCGCAAUGAGGUUGUUUUAGGAAUGGGUUCAAGUGAUGCUUGUAAAACAAGACUGGUUUGGCUUCAGAGUUUUCUCUUGCCAGUGGAAGAAGAACCGAUUUUUGCCCAUUCCUCUCCCUGCUAUAGUCUCUUGCAGUGGAGGGGAAAUGGGCAUAAAUUUGUGGCCUCUCUCCCGCCCUUCUGCUGGAUGGGAAGUUUUCUGUGAAUGAAGAGAAGACUUCAGUUCCUGGAAGUCAAACUUUCAAACCACUCCAAGAUCAUAUUGUAAUGAGUUCAACAUUUCCUUUGUGCUGCAUGCAGGGCCAGUUUUAUCAUUAAGAUAGUGGGCUGUUUAGGUAAUUAUCAGGAUUAGGAAUACCACUUUGUCCUGUGUUUUUUAUUGAUCUUAACAUUCAUAACUUUAAAAGACAAAUUCUACUACCAUACUCAUCCCUUUCCAUGAUCCCAUUCUCUCAGCAUAUUUUAGCUGCUGGAUCAGAAGAAGCAAAUGUGAUAACAGUAAUUCUGACCGGGUUCCAUCAGUCCCUUUUAUGAACAAAGCAUGACCAAAAUGAGGCAGGCGCUGAAUCUUUUUUUGCCUUGUAGUAGUUUGCUGUUGCCACCUGCUUGUUGAUGGUGCAAGUCAUGCAUUGUCAAUGACUUCAGACAUGUUGGGAGAGAACAGGCCAAAAUCAGCAAGCACCAAGGGUGUGGCUGCAGCAAAAAGACAAAUGAUUUGUAUCGGGAAGCAGAGAUUGUUUCCUUCAACCAAAGAAACCCGUGCAGCAUGUGAGAGAGGAAGGAUAGCUGCCUUCUUGAUGGUCUGGUUAUCCCUGACAGACUGGUUUGCUUUUUUUUAAGUUGAAGCAAUUUAAAUUUAUAUAUGAUUCUGGGGAUUGUGGAAUUGUCUUUAAGGCUGCAAUCCUACACAUGCUUGAUUAGGAGUAAGGCCCAUUAAACACAGUGGGAAUAUCUUUUUUGAGUAUAGAAUUAAGUUGAAGGCCUCAUAUAAAUAAAUUAAGACUAUGAGUUUUCAGAACAGAACUUUGUCUUUAUUAAACCACUAAUUUUCAGGCUCAAUUUGUAUCACGUGCAAGGCACAGAAAAGCUAGUGAGAUACCUUGGGUGAGCAGUCAUAUUCUUGGAAAAGAAUUCCUUUUGAUUAAAAAAAACCCCACAUUAUACUUGCCCCUGUAUUUUGGAGGGACAAGUGUCACUGGGGGAUGUUGCCUGGAAUAGUGACUUCAGGUCUCAAAUAUCUUUAAGGGGGCACUGAUUGUACAUUAUAUUUGUAUCCUAGGUUUCAGUUCAAAAGUAACUUUCAAAGCAACUAUCACUGAAACAUACAAUAAAAUCCAACAAAACAACAAUAAAUGAAACAAUCAAUUACUCUAACAGCAGAAGUAUGAUUUAAAUUGUAUGCAUUAAAAUAUCUGGAAAAUAAAUUCAGUUAUACAUGGUCCCUAACAUAGCAGGCACCAGAUGAUUGUCCCUGCAGAGAACAUUCUGCUGUUGGACACCCCCAUCAAUAAGUUUGGUAUGUUUAGCCAGAAGAGAAGAAGGUGAGGGGAGCAAAAUGGCACUUUUCAAAUAUGUGAAAAACUGUCACAUGGAAGAGGGCAAAGAUCUAUCCAGUGCUCCUCAGAGGGCAGACGUAGAUCUAAUGAGCAUAGAUUAUAGGAGGGUGGAUUUCAUUGAGCAUUGUGAAAAACCUCUUGACAGUAAGAACAGUUUGAGGAUGGAACCAGUUACUGGUGGGUGGGUGAAUGGGCAAGCUGUCACUGGAGAGCUUAACAUAGAGGCUGGACACCCAUCUCUUGGGUUUGCUGUAGCUCUGGCAUACAAGCCCCCUCAAAUUCUGAUUUUAUGAUCGUUCUGCUGCAUCUCCUCCGUUGGGUGAUAACUGAGGACUUGGGAGGUGCCCUUUCUCCCUCCUCUUAAAGAGCACCAGAAGAGUGAAUUAUGAGAGGGAGAGCUUUACCUAGCCAAGAAAACAUGGUCAGCUCUGUGGCAGUGAAGGUGCAAGGGUGGACAAGUGCUCUUUGGUGUUUGCCUGCUACUUGCACUUAGGCACGUUGCUGAGUCACAUACUUUGUAGCUGCUUUUUCACCGGCAUUUUGCUUUGGCUGGAUGUCAAUCUGCUCUGCAUGCAGAGUGUCCCAGGUUCAAUCUUCUGCAUCUCCAGAAGAAGCUGGGAGAGACCUUUGCCUGAAAUCCUGGAUGCUGCCAGUCAUUAUAACAGUACUGAGGUAGAUGGUCUGCCAUGCGUAAGGCAGCCCCUGUGUUUCCAUAUUUGAGCAUAUUCUGGUGUACAGUGUAUUAUUAUAGAAAUAAUGGUAAUUCAUGAGGAAGGAGACCACAAUUAGAUGUUGUAUGUUCUCCUAAUUCUUUCAGUUCAGUCUAGCAUAGGCAGAUGACAAUAUGUGUCUCAGAAAUUCAUCCUGAAUUCCUUGCUUUAUGUGGUGAGCAACACAGUGAUGAAGAUUGUGUUCUGCUGCUCAUACUUGCAAUAACUAUCAACAACAUCAAAGUACAGGAGAUUUUUUGGGGGGGAUGGGGAGAUAUCUAAUGAAGCUAAAUGACUCACAAAUGAAUUACUCAAGACCAAGUAUGGAUUUGGAACCUAAUUUUAAGGUAUUUCCUAAAUUGGAGUAGGGAGCUGAAUCCAGUCAGUUAGCUGGAUCUUGCAUUGCUGCACCCUUGGGCCAUUUUGGUGGGUGGGGUCCUCCCACCUGACAGUCAUCUGACUUCACUAUGAUGUCAGAUGACCUGUUUUUCCUUUGUAGUGUGGCAACUGGGCUAAAUAGAAAUUCUAAGCCAAGUGGGGGUUGAAGUUCCAGUAAGCUGACAGUAGCUGACUUCAGGCUCCAUUUUUGGGUGGGAUCAGCUGUGGUAACUCAGUAGCACAGCAUAUUUCACUUGGUUUACUUUUGGUGACGGUUAGCUGAUUGGUUGUGCACUGGCGAGGGAGCCUUCCUGUCACCAUCGGGAGGGCCUUUAAAGGGUCCCAGUUGUGCACUGGCAGUAUGCCUUUACCUGCCCCUCAUCUGAUACAGCAUUUGUGGGACUGUGGUUUGGGGAAAAUGGCCUGGCAGACCAAAUUGGGACCCCCACCAGAUGUAAUUAGAUCUCUGGGCUGGAGGUUCCCCAUACCUACACUAAAUGGACGUGCAUAUUAAAACAGAACUAUGUAGGCAGCACAGACCAUUGCAACAGACUGUUCUGAUUGCAUUUCACACAUAAUCUGCUAUUGAUUGUGCUGGCCAACACAGCCAUGUUUUUAAUCUUAGUUUCCAUGCCUGAAGUCAUCUGUGUGUAUAUUCUGUUUUAAAAUCUAACUCCAAGAGCGUGCACACUUGCAAAUCGUCAUUCAAAACCAUCUCUAGCAGCUAUAUGUUCUAUAUGUUCAGUGUGGUGUAGUGGUUAAGAGGGGUGGACUCGUAAUUUGGUGAAUCGGGUUCAUGUCCCCGUUUCUCCACAUGCAGCUGCUGGGUGACCUUAGGCUAGUCGCACUUCUCUGAAGUCUCUCAGCCUCACUCACCUCACAGAGUGUUUGUUGUGGGGGGAGGAAGGGAAAGGAGAUUGUUAGCCGCUUUGAGACUCCUUCGGGUAGUGAUAAAGUGGGAUAUCAAAUCCAAACUCUACUUCUUCUUCUUGAGGAGGAGGAAAUGAGCUUCGUUACUUUUAAUGCAUUCCACUGUGCCCAUAUAAACAGGUAUAGGUAUUGCAGACGACUCGUAGUAACAUAUAGCACAUUAAAUCGGCUGCCUAGUAAUUAGCAUUCAGAUGUUCCACAAAGGAGUGCAAAUGCUUCCUCUUAUUUAAGUCCUAAUUGCUGCUAGUGCAAACAAAUGGUAAUUUUGUUCUGAGGAAGUUGUAAAGUCUUAUCUGGAGCUUUCCCUAGGCUUAACUUCAUUAGAGGGUUGCAUGAUUUCUACAAAACACACCAAAUUCCCGCAGUAAUCUUAGUAAAAGCUUUGCAUCUCAAACAUUUUGCCCCACCACCCUUCUGGAAGAGGGGAAGAUGGCCUAUGGAAAGUAUAUUAAUUGUUGCACAAGCCCCGUUACAGUUUUCAAAGGAUUGGAUGGAGCAUUGGAUGGAUAUGGAAUCGUUAAAUGCAACAGAUCAGGGUCACUGUGCAGACCCAGCAAGAAUCUUCAUCACUUUUUGCUCACCAUGCAGACCUGGCCAUAUGUGCUAGAACUGGGAUUGGAAACUUGUGGUCCUGCGGAUGCUGCUGGACUCCCAACCCCCAUCACGCCAAGCUAGCAUGGCCAAUGAUCAGGGAUGAUGGGAGUCAUUGUCCAGACACAGGUUCUUUAUCCCCCUGUACUGACAAUAGUAUAGCAGACAAACAUGACAGCUACUAGCAUUGUUCUCUGCAUCAGAUAGUGGAUGGUCUUAAACCUAUGCACACUUGGGAGUAAGCACCAUUGAACUCAGUAGAAACUGUUUAUUUAGUGCAUUCUAACCUGGUUUUCCGAUGCAAUUUAUUUAUAAACUGUAUGUAAUUACAUGAGGGAAUAUUUUCCCCCUUUUCACUAGAUGGCACUGAUGCAUUAUCGGCUUACUGUACUAGCACUCCUCCCCCUUUUUAAAAUGCAGAUAUUAUUCUCAAUCCAGAGAGAUAUGUGAGGUCUGCAUGUGCAGUGGAGCCUUUUCUGUCUGAUUCGAUGCAGCAGCUUUGUCUGAAGCAAGCAGUUAUUUAAAUUUAUGCUAGUUUUUUAAACAAACAAACAAACAAACAGCAGCUCAUUUAUUGUGGGGUGGGAGAGCCUGCUCUUGGGUGGGGAACCCUUGUGCUUGCACCCACAUGAAGGGAACUCUGGAUUGUGGCCACUGCACAUGCAACAGAAAUAUCAGGUGCACCUGGGGAAAAAAAUAUCUUGCACCAUAGUUCUAAAGCCCCAGAGGCCUUAAAUAUUUCUGCCUGGUGUUUUUAGUGCAUUUGAGAAAAGCCAGUAGUAAUACUUAGCUAGCCCAGGCAGAGAAGUUAUAGGGUCAGCCUUUUUUUGGGUUGGGAAGCCCACUUACAUGAACCUGGACCUUGCCCAUCAAGACCUUCCUGAUUGCAACUUACCUUGCAGGGAAGGCGGCUGUCCCUCCCAGAUAAUUCCUCCAGAGUGUGCGCUGGAUCAGAGUGGUGGCCCAGGCAGACCUUCCUUUUAUUGGGAAGGAGCCCAAGAUGGAUGCCUUCAUCAUGAGUUCGAAAGGCGCCUAUGGGGACUUGCUGGGGUGACAUCUCAGAAGGUGUACGUGUAGAAGUCCCUAACACAGACUGCAGCCUACCUACCAAAGUCUUCUGGAUUGCUGGGAUUGUAAAAUUAGCAGGUUACAGUGCUUUACUAAGAUAUGAAGGCUUUGAAAGCGAUUCAAGUCUCGACUUCUGGUGUAACAUCUGUGGUCUUGAUAUCCAUCCAGUUGGUUGGUGUGCAACAAGUGGGAAGCCUCUAGUGCCGCCUCGAUCCAUUCAACACAAAUACACAAACUGGAAAGCAUUUCUGGUGAAACGACUCACUGGUGCCAAAACUCUUCCUCCUGACUUCUCUCAGAAGGUGUCAGAAAGCAUGCAGUAUCCAUUUAAGCCUUCUAUGAGAGUAGAAGUUGUUGAUAAAACUCACCUCUGCCGAACACGGGUAGCAAUUGUAGACAGCGUAAUCGGAGGCAGGUUAAGAUUGGUAUAUGAAGAAAGUGAAGACAAAACAGAUGACUUCUGGUGCCAUAUGUACAGCCCACUCAUACAUCCCAUUGGUUGGUCUCGGAGUAUAGGACAUCGGUUCAAAAGAUCUGAUAUUGCCAAGAAACAGGACUCUUAUUUUGAUGCACCCCCACAUUUAUUUGCUAAGGUAAAGGAAGCCGAGUCAAGUGGAGAAUGGUUCAAGGAGGGGAUGAAAUUGGAAGCCAUAGAUCCAUUAAACCUUUCUGCAAUAUGUGUGGCAACAAUUAGAAAGGUAUUAGCAGAUGGAUAUCUUAUGAUUGGGAUCGAUGGCUCUGAGGCAGCAGAUGGGUCUGACUGGUUUUGUUACCAUGCCACCUCCCCUUCUAUAUUUCCCGUUGGUUUCUGUGAAAUUAACAUGAUUGAACUAACUCCACCCCGAGGUUAUGCAAAACUACCUUUCAAAUGGUUUGACUACCUCAGGGAAACGGGUUCAGUAGCAGCUCCUGUGAAGUUCUUUAACAAGGAAGUUCCAAACCAUGGGUUUCAUGUUUCAAUGAAGCUGGAGGCUGUGGACCUCAUGGAACCUCGUCUAGUAUGUGUGGCUACAGUAACUCGUAUUAUUCACCGUCUGUUGAGGAUACAUUUUGAUGGCUGGGAAGACGAGUAUGAUCAGUGGGUGGAUUGUGAAUCUCCUGACCUCUACCCUGUAGGAUGGUGUCAGCUAACGGGUUACCAACUACAGCCUCCUGCGUCACAAUCAUCAAGAGAUGGUCAGUCAAGCUCGUCAAAGCAGAAGAAAAAGUCAAAGUCACAACAAUACAAAGGACACAAGAAAAAGAGGAAGAUACCAGUUGGGAAGAAGCCUGUCAGUUUGUCGAGCGUCCCCAUGACAGGUGGGGUGCGGAGGAGCUUCUCUGGUGAUGAAGAGUUGACUCCUCCUCAGUAUCGAACCCUUCCAGCACAGACAGCCCCGGAGGCCUGCCAGCCUCCCAGGACUAGCAGAGAGUUCAGUCCCAGCCUCAAAACAGUCUCCUCACUGCAGCUGAAGGAGGAGUUGCUAGAUGGAGAGGAAUACAACUUUCUUCAAGGAGCAUCUGAUCAGGAAAGCAAUGGGUCAGCCAGCCACUACAUCAAACAAGAACCCUAAGGGCAGAUCAGGGCAGGAUGGUACAAAAAGAGCCUUUCUUCAAGACUGAUGUUCCCAUUCUGAUGAUACAGUUUGAUGGCUUCUACCAAGGGCACUUUGCUAACUGCAGAAUAAGAUUUCAAUUCAGAAUUUUUGGAGGAUGAGGAAACUAUUUUAGUGAAAAAAAGAUUUUUCAAUUUAUUAAAAAAAUUGACACUUGUGUUGUAUUUGAAGCUUUUAAAAGAAUUUUUGUAAUAUUUUCAAGUUCAGAUUUAUUGUGCAUUGUUUAAAAAAUGAGAUUCUAAUUUUUUGGUAAGAAUUAAAAGCUUAAUUAUAGCAGGAUUGCAGGAAACCCUUUGAGGAGGAUGAGGUGGUAGUAUAUAGUGGGGGGGGAAGCAAAUGAACUGUUUGUAACAAGUGAGCCUUCUGGUACAAGCUGGGAGAUUCUGAUUUCAAAGCUACACUAGUCAUGCCCUGUCUUUUCCAUGGUGAAAUCAUGGGACUCUGAUCUUAGGGGUGGUGAAGACAUACCAAAAUAGGUUGGAAGAAUGGAGUCUGGAAAGGGUUUCUCCUGGAAGUGGCAACAUGAUUUUCAAGAGUUUGUGCUUAAAUUUUUGAAGAACGAAGCUGAGGUCCAAGCUUUCUGGAGGCCAUUGGGUUUGGGCUGGAUUCUGCUGCAUUGUGGUUUCCUGUUCACAUUUUAAAAUGUCGGGAUAUUCAUGGAAAUGAUCAGCAAAGUUUCAGCACGUUUCGGCUGGAGAGGUUACAAAAUGGACAUGAGUUUGUGACUUUAUUUUUUCAUGUGUAAGGAAAACGAGGCAGACGCAAAAGGCCCUUUUCUACAGAAACUUUGUGACAGGCCUGCUUUCCAUCCCGGUGGAAGACACAGCUGAGGCAAAUAGAGGAGGACAUGGCAUUUUGCUUUCCCUACCCAUUUGGAAGAGCUUUUGGGUUAUGAAUUGAACUGGCUUGCCUAAGGAUGACAUGGCCCUGCUUUUAGGCCUCAUGCUUUCUUUGACUUGGCUGCGGACACCAUUUUCAAGCAAAAGGUUUUCGAGAACAUGUAAUGACUGAUGUGGCAAGAAUGCUGAAGAACCUGGAAUCUUUCCUCUGAGAACUGAAUCUGUGUUGAUAUUCGCACAUGGCUUCAUUCUCAGAACUAACAUGCUGACAUUGCCACUCUGUGGUGUUGUGACAGGAUGAUGAUGCGUGUCAAGAGUUUUGCUUUUACCAGUAAGGUUCAUUAACUAAACUCUCAGGAAUUAACUGCUUAUGUUCUGUAACUGCUUCUGGGUCAUUGCAGGUCCUCUUUAGAGCAGUAUAACUGUCAAAUUCUUGACUCUAGGGUAGGACUUAGAAGAAAGUAAUCCUAUAGAUUAACCUCUACACACUUUAAGCCUAAUGCUUUACAUUGGCAACUUGCAAAGCCCCAGAGAUGAUUUUUUGGCAUAUGUUUUGAAUUUUUAAAAACGCAUAGAAAGUUGAAAACCAGCAAUUUUGAUUCUUUUCUUAAUUAUCUUGCUCUAUUGUUGGGUACAUACCAUUGGUGAUAUGCAAAGGUUUACCACAUUCUAUGCAAGAGGGGAUAAUGGUAUAAAAUUUUGUAACUACUGGAAGUACAUUUUUUUUCUGUAUAGUAUAGGAAUGUAUGAGAACAAUUUCUAGUCUUUUUCCCCCCUCCCCCUAUAGCUGGGCCAUUUUUGACUGCUUCAUGUAAACAUAUUUUUAAACUGAUUAUCAGGUGUCAAAUACUUGUGAAUUUAGGUGAUAAUUAGAUAUUCUCUGUCUCUAAAAAGAUUUUGGCUUAACUGAGCUGCCUUCAUUUUUUUCCCCUUGGGUAGAAUGCAGCCCCCUUCCACAAAUGCUGCAUUGCAGCUGUUUUUGAAACUUCUCCAGUUUGUAAAGCAGUUCUUAAUGCGGGCAAGAGAGGGCUGCUUUGGAGGGAGGAGCAAAAUCCUGCAUUGUGUGUACACACCCACAAAGGGGUUCACUAGAUUUCAACUAAUAUUUUGAAAAGUCACAGUACAAACUGACCUAAGAAAUCCUCCUCCUCCCUCCCUGUAUUUUUGUUAAUCCUUAAACCAGUGCCUCUCAAAACCAAGGAUGACCCAUGCCAUCAGGCCAGUUGAUAGAAUGAUCUAAAAGGCAGAGAUUCCAGAGAGAAUUAGAAGCAAUUUCCCGCCCCCCUGCCCCCAUUUUAAGGUGUAGUUCUGUUAGCCAAGAUUGUGGUGCUCUGGGGCUAGCAUUCAGAGCCUGUGUUUUCAUAGGGUCUGACUUGGAAAGAUUUAGAGUAGCAUUUCUACAAGUAUUUCUUCUGGUUUCAGUAGGGACCACUUGCAUAAUACUGCUUAAUAAAGAUACAGGAGAAGGUCCUCUGUCAAGAGGAGAAGCAAGCCAGAAAGAGAGCUUAGAUUUGUGUGUAAAUUGAGUCCUGUAUGGUCAUAAAAUCCAAUCUUGGGCUUAACACAACAUACCCUUAGGUGGAAUUGCCUCCUUUUUACCUGGCAGAAAUUCCAUAUCUUAAGAACUAUAUAACGGGCGGAAGUUCAGAAGGUACAACUUUCUUCAUCACUGAACAUUUAAUGCUUUGAACACUGAACCUGCUGAAUUUCUGUCAGUUAUGCAGUCUGUCAGGAUCAAAGGUGGACACCCUCCUCCUACCUCUGUUGAAUAUGGCAGCUCCUGGAACAUCCAUAGCCACAUUUGAUCCUUACCACAUCAACCUGGAAUAGUCCCAGGGACCUGUUGGACCUUGUCAGACCUAGAAUCAUGCUGCAAGGGUGAUCAUCUUGAUUAGUGCUACAUUGGCUAGUCUUUGGGUUUCUGGAGGUAGAUCUGCAUACAUGUUAAGUUGGUACCACUGCCAAUCUAAUCCGCCCCAAUUUCUGCCUGUAGGCAGAAUACCACAUCCCAAUACAUAACGUGUGUAUGGUAGACUUCUUAUUUGUGGGAAAACCUAUUAAAAUUGCUUCACGGCUCCCUUGUUCCAGCUUAGUUCCCUGGGGUUAUUACUUCUUUCGCUUUAUUUCUUCAGUGUUUAUUCUAAGCAACAUUUGUCUGUGGCCUCUUAAUACAGCAGGUAACUGGGUGGCAGUGAGCUUCCUUAGUACUGGGUCUAAUUGCUUUGGUAUGCAUGCAUUUUUUUUGUAUAAUUUAGCUCGAAGAACAUUCUCUUUAUUUUACUGUGAAAUAAUUAACACAAAAUUGGGGUGGUGUGAUGGGGGGGGGAUAGUUGGUCAGGGAUUUGAUGCCUGUACUGAUGCAAAGGGUCAGCUACUUUCAGUAUUUGGCGCACAUUUUUUAUAUAUAUAUAUAAACAAGAAGGCACCACAGACAAGGUCAAGUUGCAUUGUAAGUGCUCCUUUUUACAGCCGGCCCUUUUGUUUUGUUUUAAUUUUCCUUUCUGAAUCUGACAAAAGCAAAAGCAGUUAUCAGUUUCUUGUUCUAUUGAUACUAACACGGGUUUCAGUGUUUGUUCGUUUUUAUUGUCGUCAUUUUUAUGUGAUGUGAACACCUUCUCCCAUCAAUAUUUGUAUUAUGGUGCUAAUAUAUUUGGUAACAAUCCUUUAUUGGAAAGGGAUUAAAACUGUGAUUAAAUUGAUUUUUUUUCUUUUUAAUUUUCAUAUUUAAGUAAAGUCUCAGCCAUUUAUAAAAAA